AUGGCAGCCACCCUGUGUCAGGUGUUGGGCUUCGUCCUCAGUCUGAUAGGAGUAGCGGGAAUCGUUGCUGCGACGGGGAUGGACCAGUGGGCCACAGAAGACCUCUUUGACAACGUUGUGACGGCCGUGUACUCGUACUCGGGCCUGUGGAGGUCCUGCGUUCGGCAGAGCUCCGGCUUCACAGAGUGCCGACCCUAUUUCACCAUUCUGGGCCUGCCAGCUCUGCUUCAGGCCGUCCGGGCCUUGAUGAUCGUCGGCAUUGUCCUCGGAGCCAUCGGCUGCUUGAUCGCCAUAUUUUCACUGAAGUGCUUGAAAAUGGGGAACAUGGAGGACAACAUUAAAGCCACGAUGACUCUGACAGCCGGGAUCAUGUUCGUCCUUGCAGGAGUCUGUGGCAUCGCCGGAGUGUCGGCCUUCGCUAACUUGAUCGUGCAAAGUUUUCGGUUCACAACGUACGCAGACGGUGGUUUCGGCAUGUAUGGAUCAGGCAACGUUGGUGGACUGACCGGAGCUCUGACUCCGAGGUAUACGUUCGGCGCGGCUCUCUUCGUCGGUUGGAUCGGUGGAGCUAUCUUGCUUAUUGGAGGCAUCAUGAUGUGCCUGGCCUGCCGCGGAAUGGUUCCGGAGAGGAAGCAACGGUAUGAUGGGAUGGCCUACAAAGCCGCUUCUCAGCACACCAUGUACAAGUCGGACACCAGAUCUCGGCCCGUCUACAACGACUCCUACAAAGCUCAGAGCAGGGACGGACGGCAGUCGAACCAGAUGUUUGACUACGUCUAG